ACACAGACUUCCUGAGUGGAUUUCUGUCAGCAGCUCAAAAGUGGAAGUAGACAUGAUGUUGCUUUCUACUAACGCCACACAAAAAGACGCCCAGUCACAGAGACAAGGACAGUGCUGGAGUGUCGUAUAACUAAUAUUUUAUUAUUUAUUAUUUUCUGAGUCUGGAUUUAAAAUGAAGAUCCUCCUCAUCUUCACCUUCUUCCUCACUCCAGCUGGUACUGAUGCUGUAACUAUAGUAACUGGAUACAGAGGAAGAUCAGUUCAGAUUAAAUGUCCCUAUGAAUCUGGAUACGAAGAUUACAAGAAGUAUCUCUGCAGAGGUGAAUGUUCCUAUCGGGGGAAUAAAGACAUUCCUGUUCAAUCUGGAUCUCCUGCUAAAGACCCCAGAUUUUCUCUGUAUGAUGACAAAACAGCCCGAGUCUUCACCGUCACCAUCACUGAUCUGAGACCUGAGGAUGGAAACACUUACUGGUGUGCGAUAGAUCGGGAAUUAUCACCUGAUAUUUAUACAGAGAUUCUACUGCAGGUUAAAACAGUUGAUGCCACCAUCAGUUCUGUCUCACACACCACACACUUCACUCCAACCCAUGGGGACACGACACAUUCAGUAACAGUUGAUCCCACCAUCAGUUCUGUCUCACACACCACACACUUCACUCCAACCCAUGGGGACACGACACAUUCAGUAACAGUUGAUCCCACCAUCAGUUCUGUCUCACACACCACACACUUCACUCCAACCCAUGGGGACACGACACAUUCAGUAACAGUUGAUCCCACCAUCAGUUCUGUCUCACACACCACACACUUCACUCCAACCCAUGGGGACACGACACAUUCAGUAACAGUUGAUCCCACCAUCAGUUCUGUCUCACACACCACACACUUCACUCCAACCCAUGGGGACACGACACAUUCAGUAACAGUUGAUCCCACCAUCAGUUCUGUCUCACACACCACACACUUCACUCCAACCCAUGUGGACACGACACAUUCAGUAACAGUUGAUCCCACCAUCAGUUCUGUCUCACACACCACACACCUCACUCCAACCCAUGGGGACACGACACAUUCAGUAACAGUUGAUCCCACCAUCAGUUCUGUCUCACACACCACACACUUCACUCCAACCCAUGGGGACACGACACAUUCAGUAACAGUUGAUCCCACCAUCAGUUCUGUCUCACACACCACACACUUCACUCCAACCCAUGGGGACACGACACAUUCAGUAACAGAUAAGUUACUAACUUAUACUACCCACAAAACCCCCAUCACUUCCUCAUCUCAGGAAUUCCAAACUUUACCUGUCAUCACUGCCGUGUCUGUUGUUCUCGUGCUUCUUCUCAUUGCCCUUUUAUUCACUGGACUGAUACAGUGGAAAAAGAAGAACCAAGCCUCAUCUUCAGCCCAAUCCUUAAACAGCUCUUCAAACCCCCGUGUGCUUCCAGCACCAGUCUGUGACUAUGAGGAGAUUACAGACAGCAGAUCUCUUUCUAACACAAUUUAUUGCACUGCUCAGUUAUCCACAAACCUCCCUGACGGUUCUGAAACCAUUUACUGCAACACUGAAUUACUGACAACUGUUUAUUCUACAGCACAAAACCCAUCAGAUUCUCCUGAUCAGGACUUCUACUCCACAGCUCAGUUACCCUCAGCAGUCAGUGCUACUUCACCAUCAGUGGUGAAAUCAGGUGAAAGUCCAAUGUAUGCAGCAGUGAGUUUUGAGACCAGCUCUUAUGGUGCAGCUCCAACAGCCGUCUACAAGAGCAAGAGCAACUCCUGUGUUUAUGCUACUGUAAAUAGCUAGUUAGCAUUCAUCGGAAUUCAUUCUGAGUUAUUUGUUCUUUUUAGCACCCAUUUAUAUAUUAUAUUACAUAUUACACAUCAUAACACUUUAUUCAGUUCAGUUCAAUUUUAUUUGUAUAGCACUUUUAAAAAUGUCAUUGUCUCAGAACAAUAUUA